UGCAUACUUCUUUUUUUUACCAGUAUGAUUUUGAAGACAAAGAAGGUGUGGAAACCAAGGAUGGCCUGACACAGGGAGAUAAGCUUCACGCCUUAAAGAGUCGGAGACGGCCAUGUUCUACAACUGGAGCUCUGAGGCUGCAAGAAAUGAAACUGCACACCAGGUCCAUAUCACAACCUUUCAGACUGAAUACUUCAGGCAGCACGGAAGGAUCCAUAUCUCCGUUGAAGGCCUCAAAAAUCAUGACAGUUAACUCAUCAUCUGGAGAAAGAAUAAGCAGAAUUACUUCAUCCUCAGGCUCAAAUCUUAAAAGCGUUUCUAUAAACUCCAGAUUAGCCAGUUCUCUAGGGAACCUGUAUGCUGCUUCAGAUGAUGAGAGCAAAAUGACAUCACUGUCCUCUAGGACAGGUUUUUCUGUAAGCCAAAUCUCCAGCCACUUGAAUGGCAGCUUGCAGCUGCCUCGCAGAAAUAACCAUGAACUGAACAACAACUUGUACAACAGAAGCAGCAAUAAUGGCAACAACCUGAGCAGCCAAACCAGUUUUCACAGCACCGUGACAGAUGAGUAUGCAUCAAGUCUCCUUUAUGGGCCUUACAGCUCUUCCAGCACAAUACCAGAGUCGAUCAAUUCCUUCCCUUCAGUCUGAAUAUGUUCAGUACUAAAGCUUUGCUGCUUUGGUGAAACCUGCUGAGUUCUUACCGUGGAAGUCCUUCACGAAGAAGAAUUUAAGGAAAGAAGCUGCUCAUUCUGUUGAGGAGUUUUCAAUAAAAGUUGUAUUAAAACCAUAACACCCAGGAACAACUUCUCAACAGACAGAAAUUUCUUAUUCAUGACUACUGCAGAUGCACUGAAGUUGUUUUAUGGAAAUUAUUCCUCCGUGUUAUAUACAGAUUUAAAUUUUUAAUGUUGAAACUACUUGAAUAUAUUUCUAAUUAAUUUCAUUAUGACAUUUAUUAACUUGUGUACAGUCUUAAAAUGUAUUAAGAGAAUAUUUUAUUAAGCAAUAUAUAUAAGAAUUAUGUAAAAAUUAGAAUGUUUUAAUUUAGUUGUUCACUUUGCUACCAAAAUGUGUAUUUUAAAUAAUUUUUACACAUUUAUCAAAGAUAUUAUUUUUUAAUGAACAAGAGGUUUUUCUUGUUUUAUGGGUCCAUUAUUGCUUAACGGCUAAUGUAAUUACCUCUUUCGCUGAUUGGUCUUCUGAUAACUUAAUGAAAGUCUAACUAAUGAGAGACUAGUUAUUAUGCUAUCAACUGAAAGCACUUGAGUACAUAGUCUGCUUUCCACAUUCAGCUGCUGAUGUUUCAUUAGGAGAUGCUAUGAAAGAAAAAUGAGUUACAUUGCAACUUAGAUCUUCCAUUGCAAAUAGAAAGUAACUUAGCUGAUGAUUCAGUUAAUUAAUACUUUUUCAUUUUACUUUAAACAAAUCUUUUAACUUUUAAAAGUAGAAUGUUAAAUUUUGCUAUGCAAUGUCUACUGCAAAAAUAAAGACAGACAAAGCAUACUGACAAAGUAAGAACGUUUGAAUUUGGCUGUGCAGCACACUUGCAUCUUGCAAGUUUCAGUAGCAAAGCAUACCGAAGUAAAUGUUUGGAAGUAUACUGAAUUCUCACUGAUUGGAUGUUCCAUAAACCUUUUAAUUUGAAAACUAUUGUCAGAUAUAUAGGUAGUUUAAGCUGCUGUGUCACACAAUAGUUUUGUUAGCAGAAAGGAUAUUCUUUAAUUCUUUAAUAAGCUGGUGCAAUUAGGAAUGAAUCUUUGAAUGAAAUGAUCUUACAGUGAAGUAUUAGAGAUCAUGUAUAAGUCUUUCACAAUUCCACAAAUGUGAUCACAGCAAAAAUAAAAAUAAAAAAUAGCAUCUGUGAAAACUUUAGAAGACAAACACAAAACAGAUUUGUUAGCCAUGAGUUUUUCUUAAAUCAACAGGAACAUGAAAAUAGAACUUGUUGACUCGUCAGUCUUUGUUUCUGAAGGCUUGUGAAUUAUCUGCAUUUGCCCUGCAACUGAAGUUGCCACCAAAUUGCUACCUAGUUAUACUGAAAGUGUUAAUAAGCAAUACUGAGAGCAGCUAUAUAAAUCACUGAAUAAAACUUACUUGCAAUAUUUUCUUUUCCUCAAUUGUGUAUAUGUAAAAUACACACACAAAGUAGCAUGUGUGUGCAUAUAUAUAUAUAUACACAACAUACUAUAUAUGAAUUAUAGAUUAAUGGUAAGGUAAUUCUACCUCUUAUGAAAAAAAUGUCAUGUGCUUUGUUAUAAAUUUCCUUAAAAAAUUGUUUCAUUUUGGAAUGUAGAUAUGUACAUGUAUACAGCUAAUUGAUAAUAAAAUGCAUAUAUCAGCCAGC